AUGGCUGCUGAUACAUCCUUCGGCUGCCCAUUAGGGUCUGACAAUCAAUUGGGGCCGCAGAUUAGUAUCUAUUGCCGUCCUUUUGAUUUCACUCUCUUAUUCGAAGAUAUAUUCUUUGUCUGUCUUCCACCUGCUUCUGCUAUUACGGUACUAUUCGUGCUUCAUCUCGUGUUUACCAUAUUUCAAGUCCACACAUCAGCCCUUAACACCCAUGCCUCAUUACCGUCAGCGACGCUCAACAUUGUUGCAACAUUCACAGCAGCAUGCGUCUCCCUUCUAGAAGACCAGCGUUCCUUGAGAUCAUCAGAUCUUCUUACUCUUUAUUUCUUAGCGUCCAGUCUUUGUAGCUUACCUCGAUUACGAUCACUUUGGAUUAUUCCAUCAGCAUCGGUCGGUGUGUGUCGAUAUCUUUGGCUAUCAAUUUUCAUCGUGACAGUGCUCGCUCUCAUCGUGGAAUCAACUCCGAAAACCAAGAUCUUGAAACCGCAUUACCAGAAGACUCCUAAGGAGCAAACUUGUGGUUUUUUGAACCGAAGCUUCUUCAUAUGGAUCUUGCCAUUCUUGCAGCGAGGCUAUUCCAAUGUCAUCCGAGUGGAGGACAUAGAGGAAAUUGACACACGUCUCCAAGGACAAGAGUGUGGUGAAAAGCUCCAAUCAGCCUGGAAAUGUCUACAGCCAAACUACAAUUGCCGUCAUCAGUUAAUAAAAGCCACAUUUUAUGCUUACCGAUGGGCUUUCUUGUCAGCAGUCAUCCCACGUCUUGCUCUAAGCGUAUUCACAUUUGCACAGCCUUUCCUCAUCACCGCUACCAUAGACUACAUUGGGAGUCCUUCAACGCCACAAUCGAAAAUGACUGGAAAAGCGCUCAUCGGUGCAUAUAUCGUGGUAUAUGUAGGCUUAGCAGUCUCAAAAGCAGUAUAUUGGCGCCAGAUACUCCGCCUUCUUACCAUGAUACGGUCUGGUCUUAUAUCCAUGAUAUACAAACAAACAGUUGGCAUGACUGCGGCUGCGCUAAAAGAUUCAGAGGCGAUUACCUUGAUGGGCACUGAUGUGGAACGGAUUGUGCCGAACUUGAGAAACCUCCAUGAGACAUGGGCUUCAAUCUUGGAAGUUGGAGUUGCAAUCUGGCUGUUAGAGCGUGAGGUCUGGAUUGCUUGCAUUAUUCCACUCAUUAUCUCACUAGGGUCUGUGUUAGCAAUGGUACCAGUGUCAACCAGGUCCGGGCAAGCCCAAAAGCAAUGGAUUGAGCGUGUACAGGAACGAUUAACAGUGACCUCAAGCAUGUUAGGCAAAAUGAAGACCGUACAGAUGCUUGGACUCGAUGACAUUCUGUUCAAAAUGGUUUCACGGUUGCGGCAAGUCGAGGUUAAAACUUCGGUCCGAUUCCGAAAGCUGCUUAUAUGGCAAAUUGCUCUGUCUAAUGUUCCUGCAACCUUUGCUCCCUGUGCCACAUUCACCAUUUACGCCAUUAUAGCAGUUUUGAAACAUAAUGGAUCAAUUCUCUCAGGCACGGCGAUUACCACUCUGGCUUUGAUUUCGAUUCUUACCAAUCCGCUUCUCAUCUUCUGUCAGGCUAUGCCUGCUAACUUGCAAGCCGCCGCAUGUUUUAGUCGCAUCGAGAAAUACUGUAUGGAUAAUUCUACAAUACUACUCAGACCAUCGACCCAAGCAUCCGUGGAUACUCUAAAGGAAGACAAGGAACAACCAUUCGAAAUUUCGAAAUCGUUCGACACUCCAUUAGUCUCGUUCAAGAGUGCAGAAAUAUCAUGGUCUUCGAGACUAGAUCCCACACUCCGGAACCUGAAUCUCAGUGUCCGCAGGGGAAUCGUCAUGAUCAUUGGGCCCGUCGGGUGCGGGAAAUCAACAUUGAUAGAGAGCAUGAUCAAUCAAAGUAUGGUAACCGGAGGUACAAUAACAGCCUCCUUUUCAAAAGCUGCAUAUUGUCCUCAGUCUCCGUGGAUACAGAAUGAUACAAUCCGAAGGAACAUUAUUGGCACCUCGGAAUUUGAUAAGGAGUGGUAUGAUUUCACAGCCUUAUCCUGCGGGAUCGAACAGGAUUUCAAGGCUAUGCCAGAAGGCGAUAUGCGCAUGGCGGGAAGUGAUGGCGAUUCACUCAGUGGAGGACAGAAGCAAACUAUUGCACUUGCCCGUGCAGUCUAUUCUAAACUCGAAGUUGUGCUGUUAGAUAAUUGCUUCAGCGUGUUGGACUCGAACAGCAUCUCUGUGAUUUCAAACCAUCUUUUUAGUAAGGAUGGCUAUUUCAGAAAGGCUGGAAGAUCAGUUGUUCUUGCCACGACUACAUAUCAGAUGCUUCCCUAUGCAGAUGGGAUCAUCGUCCUGGAUCAAGGGGAAGUUGCUGCCAUGGGGUCAUACGACGAAAUCAUCAUACAAAAGCCGGAGAUUGCCUUGAAACUUCAGACAGAUGGAGAAGAUAGUUUUCAACACGGGGGACCGUCAGAGCUCUCUUUGACAUCAAAUGAAAGAAAUGCUCACAUUGAUGAAAUCGAACCAACAGAUAAUAAAAAAGAUGACCAUAGUCGACAACAAGGCUCCUGGUCUGUGUAUGGGUACUACUUUGAUAGCGCAGGAUACACCCUACUACUCUUCUUUUUAGCUUUUGCAACAAUCGAGGCUUUUUGUACCAGUUUUCAGACACUAUGGAUGCAAUGGUGGGUGGAGGCGAAUGAAGAACAACCGAAUCAACAACUAGGGAUGUACCUGGGUGUGUACGCCAUGAUCUUCGGACUGACCUUGCUGGCUAUUGUAGCGGGUUGCUGGCUACUAUUUGUACGGAUCCUCAAUAAAACAUCACCAAAUCUACAUUCUGAUCUCCUUAGGUCCGCUUUGGGAGCACCAGUCAGUUCCUUCCAGGGUAUAGACACAGGAUCGAUGAUCAACAGGUUCAGUCAGGAUUUAGAACUAAUCGACAUGAUGCUACCUAUAUAUGCCGUCAAUUUUGUCAUGAGUCUCCUGACCGUUCUCAUCAACACGAUUAUCAUCUGCGCUCUGGGAAAGUAUCUGGGAGCCUCGAUCCCAUUGCUCGGAUUGGUCCUAUACUUCCUCCAGUCAUAUUACCUGCGUACCUCUCGACAGGUCCGACUGCUGGACAUUGAGGCCAAGGCACCGCUCUACGCCCAUUUUCUUGAAACAGUACACGGCAUCUCAAGCAUCCGCGCCUUUAGUUGGGAUGAGCAGUUCUGCAACAAAAGCCAAUUCCUAUUGAAUCGAUCCCAACGACCAAUGUACAUGCUGUUUUGCAUACAACAGUGGCUAACGCUCGUCUUGGACUUGAUAGUAGGGAUGAUAGCAGCCCUUCUAAGCAUAAUAAUUACCUCCUUGAAGGAUCAAUUCAACUCAGCGCCAAUUGGUGUUGCUUUGACUCUCCUUCUGACACUCAAUCAGACCUUGACUCAGGCCAUCAAGAUGUGGACCAUGACCGAAACCUCCGUUGGUGCUGUAACACGCAUUCAACGUUUUAUUGAAGAUACUCCCUCGAGUAGACGCAAUGCGUCUUCUCCUCCGCCUGACUGGCCUUCGAGGGGUGCGGUGAAUUUCCACAAUGUGACUGCUGGGUAUGAUCUCGCCACAAACCCAAUCAUCAAAAAUCUUACCCUAACAAUUAAACCCGGGAAAAAGAUAGCAAUCUGUGGCGCAUCGGGUAGCGGGAAAACAUCUCUGCUAAUGGCAAUGUUUCAAAUGCUUGAAAUCUACUCCGGACACGUCACAAUCAAUGGACAAGACAUUAACAAAAUGGAACAAAGUGCCAUCCACUCCACUAUCAACGUUAUCUCCCAAGAGCCAUUCUUCCUGCUGGGAACUCUAAGAUUCAAUCUUGAUCCUCACCAGCGGGUUUCUGAUGAAAGUUUGAUUUCCGCAGUUGAGAAGGUUGGACUCUGGAGUCAAAUCAGCCCAAAGGGUGGCCUAGACAUGACUUUCUCUGAUUCAAACUGGUCCGUGGGACAAAGACAAUUGCUUUCACUGGCCCGGGCACUUGUUGUCAAGGCCCCGAUUUUGGUUUUGGAUGAGGCGACCAGCAGUGUUGACUGGGACACGGAGUCUCUAAUGCAGUCCAUUAUCGAGAAAGAGUUAUCCCAGCAGACAAUCAUAGCGGUUAUCCAUCGAUUUCGAUACAUCGAUCGAUUCGACAUGGUGGCCCUUCUACGGCACGGGGAACUUUUGGAGGUGGAUAGGCCAGACGUGUUGCUUUCAAGGGACUCGGAGUUCAGGAAGCUGUAUCAGACUUACAACUGA